CUUCCUGCACAGCUGUUAUCCUACAGCCACGUCUAGCGCUACAGACGUGCUUCUUCUCGCAAGUUGUCUGGUUGACUUGCCUUGGAGAUACAAAUAAUGCGUGUUGUACCCGACUUGCAUGAAUGCAUGUGGAAGCGCCUCACGCCCGAGCUUGUGCGUCGCAUCGCCGAGCAGCUCCAUCCGAACGAGUGCGCUGCGUCGCUCAAACUCAUGGACAGCGAGACCGCAGCACUGCUUCGCGAAAGCUAUUUUCUGAUAACGCUGGGUCAAAAAAGCACAAAGGAUGAAGAGCCUCACCGCGCCCAGCCGUCCUGGCCGGGGCAUGCCUUCACAGCGCACUGGGGCCGCCCCGAGCCUUGGCGCUGUCUCAGCCUUCGCCAGCGCGAGCGGCUGCUGUGCCUGGCCGCGUCCUCGGGCCACACGCCCAGCCUGGACGCGGCCCUGGCGCAUUGCGGCUGCGCCCUGAAGCCGGAGGUGCUGACGGCGGCCGCUGCAGCCGGCAACCUGGCGAUUUGCGAGCGGCUGCUGCACGGCGAGGGCUGCUCUCUCAGCGAGCAUGCCCUCAUCGCCGCUGCGGCCGACGGCCAUUUGAGGGUGCUGCAGCUGCUGCUUGAAGCCGUGGGGUCCGCAGAAGCCGCCCUCAUUGCUGAUGCUGCGGCCGCCGCGGCGGAGGGCGGGCACCUGCCAGCACUGCAGCUGCUGCUGCAACAGCCCUCGGCAAGUACGGCCACUUCAGCAGUGGCCGCGUCAGCGUUGGCCGCCUGUCGCGGCGCCCAGCCCCACAUCCUGGAAUGGCUGCAGCAGGCGCACGGCUACAGCCCUAGCGUCAGAGACGCCCAAGCGGCGGCGCGGGCGGGGCAGGUGGGGUUGCUAGAGGAGCUGCUACAGCUGCUCCUGCCGGAGCUGCUUGCGCCUGUUGCGUUGGAGGAUGCGGCGUUGCACGAGGAGCGGCGUGCUGCGAGGUGCGGACUGCUGGAGGCUGUGAUCUGGGGCUGCCCGGUGUCGGUGAUGGUGCGGCACCACGGCAGCCUCUGGGCAGGGCGACAGCAGCAGCAGCAGCAAACUGCAGCAUCAACAGCGGCGUCAGAGGACGAAAACGGGCGGCGAGGUGACAGGCUGCUAGGCUUCCUCGCCGCCGCCGCUGCCAGCCCCACGGCCUGCUGGGCUGCCAAGCUUGACUUCCUCAAGUCGGUCUGGCCGCCGGCUGUGGCGCGGCAAGUGGUUCGUGGCUUGCGCGGCGCGGCGGGUGUGGAGCUGUGGAAGGGGGCGGCCGCACAGCCCGAUUUCCUUGCACGGCUGAAACACCUGCAGUCGCUUGGGCUGGUGCCGGACGCGUCUGUGGCGGAGGCGGCGGCCUCGGGCGGGCACACAGAUGCUCUGGCCUACCUGUGGGACGAGUGUGGCGUUCCGGUCCGGACUGAUUUGGAGUUCCUCCGGUCCUUCGUGCUGCCAGGAGCGGGUGCGCGGCCGCCGGAGCUGCUUCGGCUGCUGGGUGACCGUGGCGCAGUGGUUCCGACCUGGCUUGUGGGCCGCAAGGCGUGCGCGGGCUGGGGCGACGCGUUUCUGCUGCAGUUGCUUGAGCUAACGAAGGUAGGCGGAGCGGGCGUAGGUGGAGGCGGCGGCGGAGGAGGAGGCGGAGGCGAAGGAGGCGAGGUUGGAGCGGGCGGAGCUGGGGUGGGCGGUGGCGAGCAACCGCAACCGCAACCGCAGCUGCAACCGCAACCGCAGCCGCAGCCGCAGCUGCAACCGCAACCGCAGCUGCAACCGCAACCGCAGCUGCAGCCGCAGCCGCAGCCGCAGCCGCAGCCGCAGCCGCAGCCGCAGCCGCAGCCGCAGCCGCAGCCGCAGCCGCAGCCGCAGCCGCAGCCGCCGCAGCCGUUGCUGCCCCCGCCGCCGCCCCCGCCACCACUGCCACCACCACCGCCGCCGCCGCCACCGCUGCCACAGCCGCCGCCGCCGCCGCUGCUACCGCCACAGCCGCAGCUUCAGCCGCAGCAACAGCAACCGCCACAACCGCACCAGCACUUGCAGCACCAGAACUUACAACACCAGCACCAGCAACCGCAUCAGCACCAGCAACCGCACCAGCACUGGCAGCAGCCGUACCAGCAACCUCACCAGCAACCGCACUGGCAGCACCAGCAACCGCAUCAGCACUGGCCGCAACCGUACCAGCAACCGCACCAGCACUUGCAUCACCAGCAGCAGCACUGGCAGCAUCCGCAACAGCACCAGCACUUGCAACACCCAAACCAGCACUGGCAGCAACCGCACCCGUACCCGCAGCAGCACCAGCACCCGCACCAGCAUUGGCACCAUCACCCAUACCCGCACCCACACCCGCAACAGCAACAGCAACAACAGCACCAGCAACAACAGCAGCAACAGCAGUGGCAGCAGCAACAGCAACGGGAGCAGCAGCAGUGGUUAGAAAGGCAGCAACGGGAGCAGAAGCUGCGGUUGGAGAAGCAGCAGCGAAAGCUACAGCUGCAGCAGCAGCAGCAGCGGCAGGAGGAGUUGGAGGCUGAGCGCGAAUGCAUGUCCCUUGCUUUCCGCCGCCUAGCUGAGGGCGGUGCGGGGCUGGGCGUUCUCAAGGCCCUGUGUGCGCGCGGGGCCUAUGCGUGCCUGAAAUCUGUGGCGUGUGGCGGCAGCGAGGAGGCGCUGGAAUGGGCGGCGGCCGAGGGGGUCGCGGCUCGCAAGCGCAUGACGAAGGGGCAGCGGCGGAGGCUCAACGCCAUGGGUGGGAACUUCUUUCGUGAGGACGACGCCUUCGCUGUGUUCGAGGCGGGCAAUCUCGCAGCGCUCAACUGGCUGAGGGCGCGAGGCCACGUGUCGGAAUUCUGGGCGCCAGGCCUCAAGAAGGAUCGCCUGUGUCUCGACCUACGGCCGCAAACCUUCUGGAAGCUGCAGCUGUGGGGGCGCUGGAAGCAGACCACGAAGGAGCUGGAGCCGUACUCGGGGAGCGAACGGGAGUUCUACGGCGACGAGUUCUCCGAUGACCGGUCUUCCGGGAGCAGGAGCAGGAGCAGGAGCAGGGAUGAUGAGGACGAGGACGCGUGGAUUGCUUGGACGGUUCCUGAGCCCGACCCGCGGCUGGUCAACCACCCGGCCUGGGUGCAGGCGCUGCAGGCCCUGGACGCCCAGGCGGCCUUUCAGGCGCGCCUAGCAGCCGACGCCGAUGACGACUGGGCGGGCGGAGGCGGGGCUGCGGCGCCGGAGGCACCGCCGCGGGAGGUGUGCUUGGAUGAGGAGGCGGCGCUGCCUCACCAGCGCGCUUGGCUGGAGCGCCAGGCGGCGGCGGCGGCGGCAGAGGCGGCGGCGAAGGAGGCGGCGGCGGUAGCGGACUACACGGCUGCAAUGGAGGCAGAGGCCGCGGCAAAAGCAGAGGCCGAGUCAGGGUUUGGGUUAGAGACAGAAUCAGGGCCAGGGUCAGAGUCACAGUUAGAGUUAGAGGCGGAGUCAAAGGCAGAUUUAGGAUCGGAUUCGGAGUCGUGGGUAGCGUCGGAGUAGUCAAGAGGCAGCGGUGGCGGGGGUGGGGGCAGGGGUGGGGGGGAGGGGGGCGAGCGGGGGCGGGGGCGGGGGCGGGGCGGCAUCGUCCUUUCCGCAGGGAGAAGGCGGCGCCCACUGGCUCGCCACUUGCAUCAGUGCAGCCUCUUGCACCAUUGCAGCUUCUUGCAUCAAUGCAGCCCCUUUGCUGGUGUCUGCGCCUCUACCCUAGCGGUACCUGCGCCCAGGGCCGUGUGGCUGGAAAGUAAGGAUGGCAGUGAUCCAGGUGCGUGUUGCCGGUGCACGGCGCAAGGAAAUUUGCUAACAAAGCAACGGUAUGCAGGGACAGCAGUGGUGAUUGGGAGUGGGUUUGGUAUGUAACUCGAGAACAGCAGUUGUUAGCAGGGGAAGUUUGGAUGUUGACUGUUUGUUUGUCUCGUUAGCAGCAUUUGGUAUUAGCAGGGGAAGUUGGACCGUCCCCUGGGUGUCAGGGUGGUGCCGGUGGCAGGCGCUACGGGCCUGUCUGCAGAGCGCUGGGGUUCACCGGCAUGGGUUAAACGGAAUGGAGUGGUGCUUCCAACACUUACUUGCGUGCGCGCAUUUUGUUACAAUUUUUGUUGGUGUAAAUAAGUGGGUUCAUUAUUAAUACGCAGGGUAGAACAACGCUACCCCAUUUGGAGCCGGGGCCGUGCCUGUGUGGCCGUGUGGGAUCGUGGCUGUAAAACUCAGUGGUU